AUGUCUAUUCGCAUCAAAACGCCUUCCAACAUCAAGGUUACCUCGGCUGCGGUCGAGGAGGAGAUGGUCUCGCCCGGCGGCACCAACAACAAUGUCACCACCUACGACCUGUCCGCCCUCGGUCCUCGCGGCGGUGACCCUCAGCUCACCGUCAAGUACGAGGCGAACGGCCAGUCUGGCGUCGUCAACGUUCCGCUUGCCCCCAUGCCUGGAGACCGAAACCGCGGCUGGCAGCAGCUCCCGGGUAUCACGGGCGUCCUUAUCUACCAAAUCUGCACCAACGAUGAGAACUCGAACACCCUUGUCUUCCUCAACGAGGCUAGCCCGACCGACUACAUGAAGGACCUCGACGACAACCUCGGUCUCAACGAGAUUGCUCUUGCUGGAACCCACGAGAGCUGUGCUCUUCACGGAAUGUGGAUGUCCCAGUGCCAGACGUGCGGACCGCAGGAGCAGCUCAAGGCUGGUGUGCGCUGGUUCGACCUCAGGCUGAAGCACCGGGACGGCGAGCUCCAGACGUACCACGGCAUGCGCCCCGAGUACGGCACGCUGAAGGAGUGGACCGACGCUUUCUACGCCUUCCUCAAGGACCACCCGACGGAGACCCUGGUUUUCUCAUUGAAGCAGGAGCAGGAGAACGACCCCGAGUUUGCGAACGCGAUCUACAACUGCCUGAUGCAGUACGACAACGGAGAGCGCUGGUGCUGGUCCGAGGGUGUGCCCCGCCUCGGCGAUGUGCGCGGCAAGGGCGUCCUUUUCACCCGUUACGGCUCGCAGUACCCGAAGGGCCAGGGUAUCCACCCGACGAGCUGGCCGAACGACAACCCGGACGGCUUCACGGCUGACCUCCUCAACGGCGCGGGCAAGAUCAAGAUCCACGAUUGGUACGGGCUCGACUCGCCGUCGCAGAUUGGCGAGAAGGCGAACAAGAUCUUCACCCUCCUCGACACCACGACCGGCGCCGUGCCCAAGGACGAGCUCACCCUCGUCUACACCAAUGGCUCCAAGUUCCCUGGCGCGCCGCCCCAGUGGAUCGCCAAGGGUGUCGGAGCCCCGACCUUUGGCCUUGGUAUCGGCGGCAUGAACCCCAGGCUCGCCAACUACAUCCUGAACAAGAUCAAGGACGGCCAGAGGGUCAAGGCCGGCAUCAUGGUCGACUACUACCAGUAUACUGGUUCUGGUGAGAACGGCCUCCCCGCUCUCAUCAACGCCUCCAACUUUGCGUAA